AUGGCCCUGGCCAACCUCACGACCGCCCCAGAAUUCCUCCUCCUCGGCCUGGUGGAUGGAACAGACAUCCACCCGCUGCUCUUCCUGCUCUUCCUCGGCGUCUACCUGCUCAAUGCCCUGGGCAACCUGGCCAUGGUGGUGGUGGUGAGGUCGGAUGGGGCCCUCCGCUCCCCCAUGUACUAUUUCCUGGGUCACCUGAGCCUCGUGGACGUCUGCUUUACCACUGUCACGGUCCCCAGACUGCUGGCCGGCUUGCUCCACCCGCGCCAGGCCGUGUCCUUCCAGGGAUGCUUUUCCCAGAUGUACUUCUUCGUGGCUCUGGGCAUCACCGAGAGCUACCUGCUGGCAGCCAUGUCCUACGACCGCGCGGUGGCCGUCUGCCGCCCGCUGCACUACUGCGCGGUCAUGACGCCCCGGCGCUGCGCCGCGCUGGUGACCACGUCCUGGGCCGUGGCCCACCUGCACUCGCUGCUGCACACGCUGCUCAUCUCGGCGCUCUCCUACCCGUGCCCCGCCCCUGUGCGCCACUUCUUCUGUGACAUGACGGUGAUGCUGAGCUUGGCGACCUCGGACACGGCGACCGCGGAGGCUGCCAUCUUCUCCGAGGGCCUGGCCGUGGUGCUCACCCCGCUGCUCCUCGUGUCGCUGUCUUACGCGCGCAUCCUCGUCGCGGUGCUGGGAGUGCGGGCGGCCGGGGGCCGGCGCCGCGCCUUCGCCACCUGCGGGGCCCACCUGGUGGUGGUGUCGCUUUUCUUCGGCUCUGUCCUCUCCGUCUAUUUCCGGCCGUCCUCCGCCUACUCAGCCCGCUAUGACCGCCUGGCCAGCGUGGUCUAUGCUGUGCUCACACCGACCUUGAACCCUUUCAUCUACAGCCUUCGCAACAAGGAGGUCAAGGGCGCCCUGAAAAGGGGGCUCAGAUGGAGGGCUGCACCCCAAGAGGUGUGA